UCGACUCCACUGCGCGGCCGCAUUCCGCCCUGACUUCCCCUCUGCCAGCGGCCUGCUGCUUUGAGAUGAGUUGAAGAUGUCGGUUUCGGGGCUGAAGGCCGAAUUGAAGUUUCUGGAGUCAAUUUUUGACCCAAACCACGAACGAUUCAGAAUAAUAGACUGGAAACCCGACGAGCUCAGUUGCCAGUUCAAUGUAACAGGAGAGAAGCUGCUGAUCAUCCAUUGCAACCUCACGGAAUCCUAUCCCUCAACGCCCCCGAUAUGGUUUGUUGACUCUGAUGAUCCCAGUCUGGCAGAAGUGUUGGAGCGUCUAGAGGAUGUGAGAAAAGGCAGCACAUUGCUUCUUCAGCAGCUGAAACGCCUCAUUUGUGACCUCUGUCGGCUUUACAACCUGCCUCAACAUCCAGAUGUGGAAAUGCUCGACCAGCCGCUACCUGCUGGCCCCAUCACCCAAGAGCGAAAGCACGGACCAUCAGAUGAGGUGACAUCUGAAGAGGAGGAGGAGGAAGAAAUGGGAGAGCAGGACAUUGACCUGGACCAAGACCUGGACCAUUACGACAUGAAAGAAGAAGAGCCAGCCGAGGGAAAGAAGUCAGAAGAUGACGGGAUAGAGAAAGAAAACCUGGCCAUCUUGGAGAAGAUUCGUAAAAACCAGAGACAGGAUCACCUGAAUGGAGCAGUCUCUGGCUCCGUGCAAGCUUCAGACCGCCUAAUGAAGGAACUCAGGGAGAUCUACAGAUCACAGAGUUACAAGACAGGUAUUUAUUCAGUCGAACUAGUCGGUGACAGCCUUUAUGAAUGGCACGUCAAGUUAAGGACGGUAGACCCAGAUAGUCCAUUACAUAGUGACUUGCAGGUCUUAAAAGAAAAGGAAGGAGUGGACUACAUUCUGCUCAAUUUCUCUUAUAAAGAUAAUUUCCCUUUUGACCCACCUUUUGUACGGGUUGUCUCACCUGUGCUCUCCGGAGGUUAUGUUCUUGGAGGAGGGGCCUUGUGCAUGGAGCUUCUCACAAAACAGGGCUGGAGCAGUGCCUAUUCCAUAGAAUCUGUGAUUAUGCAGAUAAAUGCAACCCUGGUUAAAGGAAAAGCCAGGGUGCAGUUCGGAGCCAAUAAGAACCAGUACAAUCUUGCCAGAGCACAACAGUCAUACAAAUCCCUCGUGCAGAUUCAUGAAAAGAAUGGCUGGUACACACCACCUAAAGAGGACGGAUAAGGAGCCACCGCCACUAUGCACUGGGAUCAUGUCUUUGGGUCAAAGUAUCUUGUUUUCUUUGGAAUAUUUCCCUCCUUCUGACUUACUGGGAAUAUAUCAUCUUUCUCGCGGAAACCAUCUCAUUGGCUCAUCUGACAAGUAUUCCUUCGCCCACCCCUCCCCCCACUUGCUCCGGGAAAGACUCUGUUCUGGUGUCACUUUGCUUCUCCCCUCAGUGUUUUAGUGAGGAGGAGGAGGAUGUGAGGGUAUCACUAGCCCUGUUUUCUAAAUAUGCUCAUUUGUCUUUAAAAAACAACAAAAAACAACAAAACGAAACAAAAAAAAACUUUUCUCCCUUUAAAAAUGCGGGGAAAUGCUUUUUUUUUUUCUUUAGCUGCUUUGACAAAGUGGGCUUCACAAACAGUCAGUUACCCCUCUUUAAACGGGAAUUUUAAAAAGAAGAUUGAUACUGAAGCUCUUGAAGUGGCACUUCACCGCACCUGUUUUUAUUGACUGCGAUUCCUUUUUUUUUUUUUCUCUCUUUGGAAAUUAACUGGUACACGAAUUGCAAGUUUUGUUUUAGAAAUAUUCUUUGCCUAUUGUUUUUAUUCUUUGAGCAUUCUCAACAAUAAAUGAAAUUAUUUUGUUUUUUUAUGUUUUUGGAAGGACAUCUUUUAAGUUGAAACGACCCACCCACUUUGCAUCUUUUAGCUCUUUUUUUUUUUUUUUUUUAUAAAUGUGUAAAGCGUAUUGGGCCAAGCAGAAACAAAAUACUGCGAACAAACCCACCCGUGGUCGAUAUUAAAACAGAAAGGUCUGCUCAUCAUGUGUCUCUAUAAGAGGGCUCGGAACAUUUGGACGAGAGGACGAUAAGCUUCAACGGCUCUUUGCUCCUCAGUUUGACUAUUGAUCUUUCCUUUGAGUACAGCUGUAGAGGUUGACGGCUAGUUUGAUGCUGAAAUUAGGCUUUGUCUCAUUUCGCCGUGAUAAAAUAGUUGAAUUUGAUUACAUAGGAAAGAAAUGAAGUGUUUGGAUGUGUGAUUUUUUUUCAUCAUUCUGCAACCAUUUCUUUUUAUUGUAAAUGUCAUAUCUUCCUGACAUACAUUGAUUGUAGUGGUUUGCCCCCCCCCCCCUCCUUUCCCAGUUUAGAUCUGAAACUGCUCUACAUUGUUAUUCAAUAUAACUUUUUAUCUGGAUUCAUCUCCCUCUUGACAUUUAUUUGCAGGGCUUCACUCGCCACCGCCGACGUGUUUUCGGUGUCACUUUCAGUGUGCGCCACAAGAAAGGAUCAUUUUGUAGUCUAUGAUGAGAACUGAUCUAAAACUCAGAGUAUCUACUGUAGAUGAAACUCACACGUGACCACGAAAUACAUUAUCACUGCUGCUGCUCCCUCCCCAGCCCCCCCCCACGCGCUACAGUAAACACACUGUAUCUAUAAAUCUGUCGCCUCUUUUGCAGUUUAUUUGUUAACACUGUCUGCAAAAGUAUGCUUGAAAUGGCAACUCAGGUAACAAACAAUACUUAGGAGAGAGGGGGAGGAGGGUAGAUUAAUUAAUGCUCCGUACUUGAUGUUUAGGCUUACUCACCCGCUGAUCUGAUGUAAAAACAAAAAACAACAGAAAAUGUAAUUUGCUUUUUUACGUCGUUAUGGGUCACUUUUCUUUUAAUUCAAGCGAGGCGAGAUGAUGGGACAUUUUACAGAAGGAUCACAUUUUAACAUGAUUACAGUUGCAUGUACCAUUUUAAACCCACCGUAGUUUGUGUACUACUACUUUCAAUAUUCCUCAUUUUUGGAAAAAUCUUUGCACAACUGGCAGCGACGUGCCUGGAGAGGUCAAUACAAUAAAUCAAGCUAAAUAUUUUCAAAUCAAGAAGAAGAAAACAAACUAUCUUCUCAGCACACUGCUCCACAUCCUGUUACAUGUCUCAUAUAUAAAAAAAAAUUUAAAAAAAGGCAGGCGGGGGGAGCUAUCAGGUAUCGUGUAAAGACGUGUCCUCACCUGUGAAGGGGCCGCGUUGUCCAAAAAGAUGGACCAUAAACUUGUGCAUCCUUUUAAAGGUUUAAUACAACCUCCUUCCCUCCUUCCUCUCCUCCUGCUGCAGAGCCUUUACCCACUCGUGUGAUUGCCUCCUUCCAAAAUGCCAAAACUCCGGUCAGAGGAGAUAUUACGAGGCGAUUUCGAGUUUGAUAGUCAUGCCGUGGUGAAUAGACUUGCACGCUUCUCUAACUGGACUGUGUGUUGAAAAGAUUAAUCUAUCUCAAUUGUCAAUUCUUUUUUUUUUCCGGCACCAACGAUCAGAUGACUGCGUCUGCUGCUUGUUGGCCUGCUUUGGAUAUUAUUUUAUUUUUAAUUUUCCAUUUGAAGAAAUUUUGACCAUGUACAGUAAUUUGUAAACUUGCAUCAAGUUUAUGAAUAAAGAAUUUUAAGAUUAUUGCUGUUUUGCUGGUUUUCUCUAAAUAUUCUUUUAUUUUACAACGUGGAAUAUAUAAGAUCUUGGGACCAUGUUGUAAAUAAGUGUUCUCUCUCUGUCUGAUAAUCCAUAAAUAAAAUCAAUUAAUCCAUCAAUAAAUCAGUCAUAUGUAAGUGUGUAUAUAUAGUAUAAGUAAAUAUGCAUUAUUACUGGAAAUUUGA